AUGCCCCAGGACCUGCCGAUCAAAGAUUCCCCUGCUCGUGUUGAAGUGCUCAACCUGCAGAGAUCGAAUGAAACCACCAACUUGUCAUGGAUCACGAUCGCGGGCCCCCAGUCACGGCCCAUGGUUCCUGACGUGCCUGGGGGCCGAAGCGUCCCAGAACCAUGGCCAGUCCCCUACGCAGUUCUCCAAGCUCUCUGCCGUGCCUGCAUCAAGUUACUGCCGUGUGAGUGGUGCAACCUCCUGGCGGGCCUGAAGCUAACACCCCAACGGGACUAA